AUGGCACAAUCGGCUUUCGAUAGACCACAACCUAAACGCAGUCCAAAUGAGUCGAACGAUGCGGAGUCGGACGACGAAUUCCAUGAUGCGCAUUUCCCCGCAGACGAAGAAGCUAAAUUAUUAGAAGAAUCAAAUAAUUGCAAAGCCGAAGCAAAUAAACAGUUCGCUACCGCCGCAUAUUCAGAUGCCAUUUCCACGUACGAUCGCGCACUUGCCUCGUGUCCGAAUUACCUAGACUACGAGAUAGCAGUGCUGAAGAGCAAUAUUUCGGCAUGUUAUUUGAAACUGGAGGACUGGAAAGCGGCUGUUGACGCAGCAACAGCAAGCAUCGACAAUCUAGACAGAUGCCUGCCCAAACCUAAAGAGGCUGACAAGGACGACGCUACCAAAACGACAGACGUGGCAACAGACGCUAUCGUGGAGCUUCCAGACGACGACGAAGACGAGGCAAAGCAGCUGCAGCGUUUACAACAAAAUGACAAACGUCGCGAUGAUAUCAAGAGGAUUCGUGCCAAGGCAUUGAUGAGACGGGCUCGUGCUAGGACAGAAUUGGAUGGUUGGGCUAAUUUACAAGGCGCGGAAGAAGAUUAUAAGGAGCUGGCAAGAAUGGACAAUCUGCCGCCGCAAGAUCAAAAAGUUGUACAACGAGGAUUACGAGAGUUACCACCUAGGAUUCAAACUGCGAGGGAGAAUGAGAUGGGAGAAAUGAUGGGGAAGUUGAAAGAGCUGGGAAACGGCCUUCUGAAGCCAUUCGGACUGUCGACGGACAAUUUCAAAUUCAUAAAGGACGAGAAUACGGGAGGAUAUAGCAUGCAGUUUCAGCAAGGAGGCCAAUGA